AUGCUGUCUCCACUCUCGUUCCUUAGACGGCAUUAUGCCACAUGCCUCUUGGCAACCUCCGCCAUUCUUGGCCAGGUCGAGGCCGCGACGAAAAUCAAGGGCGGCGCUGACCCUUCCAUUAUGAAAUAUAAUGGCUAUUACUACUCCGCCGGAACCUGCGGCAGCUCCAGCAUUUGCGUCCGGAAGGCUGCCGCCAUAACUGACCUGGGUGGUGAUGCCGCGGAGAAUAAAUAUGUAUGGUCUGACAAGAAUGGGUUGACCAAUAUCUGGGCUCCCGAGAUCAUGAUUGAUGGGGGGAAGACGUACAUCUAUUUCACCGGUGGUGCUAGCGACGCACAUCGGAUGUAUUACAUCAGCAAGUGGUUAUCUUUGCCUUGGAUGGCAUAUAUUGUUCUAAUUCGUGCCGACUCGCCGCAGGGCACGUACUCGUCCGAGACGAAGAUCAACCUCCCAGGUGACGGCCCUGCCAUUGACGGUAUUGUCUUCACAUUCGAAGGCCAACGCUGGAUGGUCUGGUCCGGCUGGACUGCUGGAGGUGAUGGGAUGCAAACCCUUUACAUCUGCAAGAUGAGCAGCCCAACUACUGCAACCGGGGGGCGCUACGUAAUCUCCCAGCCCAAGGAACCCUGGGAACAGACAGUCGGAAAGGUCAACGAGGCUCCUACAGCAAUCGUGGAUCCUAAUGGCCAGCUGCACAUCGUUUACUCCGCUAAUGGUAGCUGGAGCGAUAAGUACUGCCUCGGUGAAAUCCGCCUCAGGAAGGGUGGUGACCCUACCUACGUUUGGGAUUGGUACAAGUCUAAUGGAUGCCUUUUCGGUUCGAACCAAGCCGAUAUGAUGAGUGGUUGGGAUGCCACCCUCUCUAUCAAUGGCCCUGGUUCCCACACAUUCCAACUGGACAGUGGCGAUGUCCGGAAGAGUCCAGGUGGCUCCAACCGGAUCCCAUUUGUCUUCCACGGAGUACCCAAGGGCACGAGCUAUUCAUGGGGUGCUAGAAACUGGUACACUGGCAGCUUCGUGUGGUGGGGUAGCGUGAAGUACCACCGUGCCAAUGUCCCUGGUGAUAAUGACAACGUUGGCUAUGGCUUCAAGUUCUUCGAAUAA